CGGGGGGAGGGCUGUCCCAAGCCCCAAAAGAAAUUCCCCUUAGCACAUCACUUUCAGCAUGAGCACCAUGGCUGGCAAAGCCCAUGGGAAGCUGGACUGCCUGGCAGGUGACACCCACCCGGGCAGGUAUAAAUAGCCACCAGCAAGGACGACCUGCUCACUUUGAUUUCCUCUAUCUCACUCUGCACAGCUUUGCAUCUGGGGCUGGAUAUCUGAUCCCUUCACCAUGAGCUGCAGCAUCAAGAGAUCAUCCAGCACCUCGUACAGGAGCGGAGGAGGAGGUGGAGGCGCCUGUGGUGGCAGCAGCGGCCGCAGCUCCUCCGUGUCCUGCCGGCGCUACGCCUCCUCCGUGAUCGGCGGUGGCAGCUACGGCGGGGCAGCCUGCGGGGGCUACGGGGGCGGCCUGAGCAUGGGCAGCCUGGCCGGGGGCUUUGGCGGGGGCUUUGCGGGCAGCUGCGGCCCUGGGGGGGACCUGCUGCUCAGCGGCAAUGAGAAGGUCACCAUGCAGAACCUCAACGACCGCCUGGCGGCUUACCUGGAGAAGGUGAGAAGGCUGGAGGAAGAGAACGCUCAGCUUGAGCACCACAUCCGGGAGUGGUACAAGAAACAAGCUCCCAACGUUUCCAAGGACUACAGCUCCUACUACCAGACCAUUGAACAACUCCAGAACCAGGUAAGAUCAUCCCAGCACAAGUGGCUCCAUCUCCCGCAUGCUCCUCUCUCCUCUAAGACCUUCCUCCUUCCUUCUUGUUUCUUCCUCCUCCCUCCAUCCCCAGCACUGGGCUCUACCGCCCGCAGGACGGCCGUGCUGGUGGCACCGCAGGCACAAACCUGCUCUCUGGAAAACUCCCUGGCAGAAACCGAGUCUCGCUACGGCCGCAUGCUCCAACAAAUCCAGGGGCAGAUAAACUGCAUCGAGGAGGAGCUGGCCAGCAUCCGCUGUGAGAUGGAGAGUCAGAGCCAGGAGUACAAGAUGCUGCUGGGCAUCAAGAUGCGCCUGGAGCAGGAGAUCCAGCAGUACCGGGCACUGCUGCAGGAGGGGCAGCAGGAUCUUGUAUCAUGUCAAGGAGCAAUCCAAGGAGGAGGGCAGUCAAGAGUGUGUUAAGAUCCCACCGACACAUUGGGUUUCCCUGAUCCAGUCAGUGCCAUGGGAGCCCACACACGCUGUGUGACCUACCCCACACACAGAUGGCUCUCCAAAUGCUGUUCAUGAAAUCAAAAUUAAUAAUUACUAGGCUUUUCCUUAAACUAUCCUUUUCAUACUGUCCAUCACUGUGACCACUGUGCUUACACACAGGUCUCUGAAGUGCACUUUGUUCUCUACUGAACAACAAUCCCUCAAAUAAAGCUUUACCUUUCUGCAUUGCAAAGAAAACUCUGUGUCCAGCAGUCUAUUUGGU